UCGUGAAUAUUCGCUGAAGUUGUAGCAUUUGUUUCGUAACCUUCUUGAACAGCUGAUUUGAAGUUGAAGAAAGAAAGGGGGCCCCGCCCAGACUGAUUUUAGAAAUGUAACAAAAGAAAGAUAAGCCUACAAGACUUUGCACAGUUUUAAAUCACCUGAAUACAAAUGAAGCUCCAGUUUUCAGACCUACCAAGUUCAUAAAUUAUGAUGAAUGAUAAUGCCAGAAGUAUCGUACUUAUCUUCGACGAAUCUCUCACACGUAUCCAGACAGUUUCCGAGCUCCUGUUGAUCUCUUGCACGCCGCGACCUGUUUACUCCAGACCGGAUGAUUUGACCCUCAGUGGGGACACAUUUGUUAAGUACCGGGAUCGUGUAAUUGGACAGCUGAACAAGAUGCUUAUACUGUCCAGAGAUAUAGCCACACAGGUACAUGGCAAGCAGAUUCACUGGAAACAGUUCUGUCAGCGUGUCCAAGAGCUGACCACCGUGGUCAUCUACCUCUCCGAGUUGUCUGCUCACAUUGCCUACCUCAUCGCCAUCAACAUCCCAGGGAGUGAACCGGCUAAACCGGGACCGGUUACAAACUUGCACCAGCUGACCCAGGCGGAGUUGGACAUUAAGUUUUCCUGCACACGGUUGAAAAGAUCUAAAAUGAAUGACCUUCAUCCGCAUGUUCUGGUUGAUCUGUGUAGCUGCUUAACUAAGUCACUGACAACUAUGACUGAUAUUUGUAGGCAUGCAGCUGAAAAAAUUUCCGAUACCAAUGAUCAGGACCAGUUCAAGCUGUGUGUCAAGGCCAUCACCUCCACCACUGGCUGCCUUGUGUCCAGCAUCAAAAGCUUCAAGCACUCACCCACAGAGACACACCUCCAGAGGGUGGUGGCAUUCUGUGACCCUGUCACAGCCGCCAGCUCCGCCCUCCUGCGCUUUGCUAGUGAGGAAACUUUCAUUGGGACCCCGGGCUCUCUCUCCAGCCAAGCCUCGGAAAUGUACAAGUCAAUUCUAGGCCUGUCUAUGAGCAUAGCCUCAGCCAAUAUACAAAUCUGUCGGGCGGUGCGUGACCUGGUGUACUCCACAUCAAUCAAGAGGAACCAGGACCGCAUGUCUCUGUGCGUGGAGUCUGUCACCCGCUCCUCCUCCCAGCUCAGGGACCUGCUGCUCUCCCACGACUUUUCUUCGCGCAUCGAGUCCAAGAAAAGCCCCAAACUUUCCAAGGAUUUUAGCAUCCCGUCAUCGGCGCUUGAGCCAGUGGAACACCAUCACAGACAUUCAAGGUCGUCUAAAAAUAGAAAGGAAGGGUCCCAGUCGCCGAAGAACAAGGAGAAAAUGUUAAAGCUGACGGAGAAAAUUUCCUUACACUCGGGGGACAAAGACCUGGUGCAGCUGACAACAGGAGAUAACUCCAUAAGUGAAGCAGUCGUCUCCCCUUCCUCACGCCCCUCCUCCAUAUCUGUUGAGUUCUCUCUGUCCGAUGUCGCAUCUGAUGACAACCGGCAGGAAGGUUAUUCUUCUCCCAACCGUUACUCCCCUUCUUCUUUGCUUCUCUCCCCUUUGUCCACAUCGUCGCUGUCCUUAGAAUCCACAUCCUCCUUCUCCGCGGAUGCUCCUUGCUUUGGUGAUGACAGUUCCCCGCUGGCGGAUUCUGCUGAGCCAACUCUUGGCCUGGAACAGCUGGUCAAGGAAGCGUCAGAAGAGAAAUCCUCAGAGAACCAAGGCUGACGUCUCUAGCCCUGUUAUCUUACAGUACUUUUUGGUCAUAAUUUUAACGGGAUAUCUGCCUGUACAGAUAGUUUAUAGAAUUAGUUCAACCUGCUUAUAUUACUCACGUAUUUCCUAUUUAUUUUGAGAAUGUAAAAACUGUUUCACUGUUAAAGAAACAGUGUAUUGGCAAUGAGACCUUUAUUUUGUAACCUAAAUAAUUAUUUCACUGUUAAAAUUAUAAAUUAUUCAGUGAUAACAAUCGAUUCAGCCUUGAGUUACAAUUCUGCAAUGCCAAAAUUUAAAAUUCUUAGCUUUUAUUUCUUUCUAAAUUAGUAUUCUCAGUUUCAUAAUUUGUAACAGAAUAUGUAGAAAAAUCUUCUUUCUUGAGCAACACUAAAAUAUUUACACUUAUACUGUUUUUUAUUUUUAAAAGAUUUUCACUCAAAGACUAAAUCAGAAUUGACAUUUAUUUAAAAUCCCUCUAUUUUAAAAUAAGAGAACAAACAGCGUAAAAAAUUGUACUUAAUAUUUUUCAAGGAAACUUUUAAUUGCAUUUUUUAAAACUGAAAACUAAAUAUUUAAGUGUUUAUAUUUACUAUAAAUAUGUCUAGUACUUUCAAAUGCACACAAGUAUAAAGUUAGAUAUUGGAAUCAUAUCCUCAAGUUAUUCAUUUGUAUUCUAUGUUGUUUACACCUCUAGGCAAUAUCAAACUUUUGUUAAAAAGCUUUAAUUUUCAAAAUAGCAUUUUUAAAGAGCUUUAAAUCAUUCUAAUUUUGUCUGAUGUUUUGUCACAUUUAAGCAGUAUUGUUUUAUUGAAUACAUCAUAAAAAUAUACCAAAUAUGUUUUUUCAUGAGGUUAACAUUUUUACGGUCUGUUUCAUAAUUUAUAUUUAAAUGCCUGGUCAAUCAGGAUUUUUUAAUAACCCCCUUCAUUUUUUUUAUUAACUAAUUUUAUUUAGCAAUUUAAAAAACAUUUUAUUUAUUGCAGUUAAUUACUUUCUGAGUUUUUUACUACCUUCAGAAACAGUAAUGCUAAUGAAACCCACAGAAACAUAAAAACACCUAAGAUUAUAAUGAAAUAGAAAAUGAAAGAAAUUUUGUUGCCACAUUUUUAUUUGUUUUGAUUUUUAAAGCAGCAAUAACUCCUGACUGAUAUUUUUUAUUGUUGUAAAUGUUAUAUACUUAAUACUUUUAAAACAUGGUAUUUGUUUAAUGUUACAAAUAUUUCUUAGCUGAUAAUUGAGAAAUUAGUUUUAUGCUUUUUUUUAUUCUGCACGCUAUGGUAUAUUAGCUGUCUUCUGUUAACUUGUGUUAUUCUAUAUUUUUAGAAUGUAUAUUCAUUUUUGUGCCAUCUUGGAUUUAAAUUCUUCUCCCAUUGUCGAGAUUUGACAUCAGGUAAUAUAGAAUUCAUAAUAAGAUAGUUAAAUAAUAUCUGAGGUUCCUUCCUAUCCCUACCUAUUAUAAUUUGUAUCUAGCAUUAUUUUACCACUGUUUUAAUACAUUCAUUGUUUUGUUUGCAUUUUUACCAGGAAAAUCAAAAGAUAUUUUUUUACAUUCUAAUUUGAUACUUUUACACAUGAUACUUUUUAAACUGUAAACCUCAAGUGCAUCUGUUUGACACCUUUAGAAGAAUUUAGUAAAAUUUUAGCCUAAAUACAGUUUUAGUAAUUUAAUAAAAAAUCGAAUGUGUAAAAUCUCUUUUUUGUAAAAGACACCAUCAAGAAUAACCAAUUAGCACUUUAUCUUUUAAGAUCAGUUGAUGUUAGUACAAUGGAAUGUGCACUAUCAAGUUUUUUGAUAAUUGUGCUUGUGUUUUUAGAAAGAUGUAGUUAGGUAAUUUAAAAUUGUUUUUAAACUUUAUACUUGUGAUUUAUAAUCAAAAUAUUUUAUUUAUACUACUGGUCAAAAAACGUCAAAUUGUUGCCAUAUUAGUCUUCUUUUAAUGCUUCUAUUUUUAGCAUCUACUUGUUAAAAGUUGUUACUUUGAUAUAAGUAACAUAUUGUAAAAUGUAAAGUUUACCCCAAGGUAUAGUUAACAUGUUCUAGCCAAACUUUUAGAAAUGCAUUUAAUAGUUAGUCCUCACAAUGGUCAGUAUGUAUUUAUCACUUCACUUUUCAUUUUGUGUUCUAAGUCAAUUCACAAUGAUAUUGUCUUCUAUUUAUCAACUGUUAUCUUUGUUUGCCAUAUUUAUAGUCAAACAUAUUGCAUUGAGAUUAUUGUUCUUUUUUUCUCUUGUUUGCAUUCAGACGACUCCACAAUGUAAUUUAUUCUAGUCAAAAUUCGGCAGGCAUUAAUGUUUACCAUUAAAACCUCCAACUUUUAUUUUAAGGUAAAGCUUGCAUUUAUUUUAUUACCCAUUUUAAAAUAUAAGCUGAUUAAUUUUAAUAAUCAUGCUAGCUGACAAAAAAAAUAUUUUUAUAAAAAAAAAUUUGAAGACGUUCUAAAAAUACCUAUUGUAAUUUCUUAAAAGACAGAACUAUUUGACUGAAAUAGUUAAUCGCAGCUCAUUAAUUUAUACAGCUGAUGUUAUAAUUUUAUUUUUUAUACAUGUUUUACUAUAAUUUCUAUUCUACUCUUUAACUUGUUGUCUCCAUUUGCCAUAAGGUUUUUUUUUUGUUGCUUUCAUUAUUUUUUUUUUUUUGCGAUGUUAUAUUUUUGUUCUUUACAAAUCAACAAUUAAAUACCUAUGUUUUCUGUGAAAAUUAUUUUUGGAAAGAAAGUCUAGCAGAUGAAACAUAGGCUUUAAAAUUGUCUUCAGAGUUCAUCAAGCAAUUAGUCACUAGUCUGAUAAAAAUCAACAAGGUUUACAAAUGUUUGUUUACAGUAUCUGUAUGUAGGGCCAAUAAAUACACUACCAGUCAAAGUUACAAAAUAUUAUUUAUUCCAUGACAAAUAGUAAUUUAAUUCAGUGUAUGCUUAUUGGUCUAUAUGUUUAUUGAAAAUGUUGGAUUGGAUUCAAAAGUUUACUUCUUGAGGAGUCUGUAAACUUGGAGUUUGUCAAUAAUUUUGAUAGAUUUUUUAAGUAGUAAAAACAAUUGACUUCACUUAUAAAUGCCUACAACAGAUGGUCAGAAAAAAAUGUGUCAAAGUACAAUUAGUUUAUUUACUUUUUAAUAUUAAGUCUCUUAUUUAUAAGUAUUUGUGCAAAAUGGUUUUCAAUGUGUAUGGUGCCUCUUCAGCCUAAAUUAUAUUUGUAUCAAACUAGAAUUAUUAUUUUGUGAAAAACCUGUUGUUCCUCUACACAGUGGCAGUACGUUUGUUUAAUAGUUUAAUUCAACAAGAAUUUCUGAGAUCGCACUGUCACUUGAUUGUGUCCCCUUGUUGGGACAAGAAAGUAUAUCUUACAUUAUUGAAUUGUAUUCUUUUUGUUAAUGAUACGAUCAAAUACUCCUACUACAAAAGCGUGCAAGUUGUGUAGAUUUUAAUAGACAUGUUGUUCCUUCACAGUGAAUUGUUUCAUGUUGUUCCUUCAAAGUGAAUUGUUCCUUCAAAGUGAAUUGUUCCUUCAAAGUGAAUUGUUCCUUCAAAGUGAAUUGUUCCUUCAAAGUGAAUUGUUCCUUCAAAGUGAAUUGUUCCUUCAAAGUGAAUUGUUCCUU